UGGCGUGGUACGUCUGAAACGUGUUGCUCCGCGAGUCAUUUUCAUCGAGUCUCAACAGUGCGUCGUUGCGAUGUCACUAGGAACCGUGUCGUCUUUUGAAGAACUGGGUCUUGAUGACCAGGUCUUGUUUUCGGUUAAGCGCUUAGGGUGGAAAAUACCAACCGAAAUCCAGGCGGCAUCCAUUCCUCACGCACUAAAAGGACGCAACCUCAUAGCUCUUGCAGAAACAGGUUCGGGGAAAACUGGUGCUUAUACCCUUCCCAUACUGCAGGAGCUAAUGUUAUCCCCAAAACACUAUUUUGCCUUGAUUUUGGCACCCACGCGUGAAUUAGCUGCUCAAGUUCAAGCUCAAUGCGUUGCUCUUGGUCAUUCUAUUGGCCUAAAUACGGCUUUGCUAGUAGGCGGUUCACCUAUUACAGAUCAGGCCAAUCUGAUGGCAGUGAAACCGCCCCAUAUUUUAAUCGCUACUCCUGGCAGAUUCGUCGACCAUCUUAAGCGUACCAAAGGCUUCGAUGAGGUCAAAUUCAAGAACUUGCGCUUCUUAGUUAUUGACGAAGCCGAUCGGAUGCUCGGAUCAGAUUUCGAGUCGGUGAUUGAAAAGAUUCUCAUUGUUCUUCCUCCAUCACGACAAACAUUCCUGUUUUCUGCCACCAUGACUGAAAAAGCAAGUUCCACCCUUCAUCAUUGCUCCUUUUGUCUGACGAGCUUUUACUGUGAUUGGACAUCAGCUUUUCACAUAGCGUCCCUGCGAGAUCCUGUGCGAAUCUCCACACGUAAAAGUAAAUUCCAAACUGUUGAGAGCCUUCGUCAAUAUGUGCUUCUGGUGCCCCAAGCUGAGUUAGAAUCUUAUCUAGUCUAUCUCGUUCGCACUGCUUUUUCACCUCUCCCUUCGCCUAUUAAUGGGCUGGAGGCUAUCAAAUUAGCUACGGAUGAAAUUGGCAUCGCCAGCGCUGAAUCUCGAACCGAAUCAGUGGGGUCGGCUAUCAUCUUUACGCGGACGCGGGAGACGAGUAAUAAGCUGAGUCUACUUCUGCGUCAGUUUCUCACAACGCCGGUAAUCACCCUCAAUGGUGACAUGCCACAAGCUCAGAGAUUGGGCGCUAUUGGAAAAUUUAAACGACUACCUACCUCCUGCCUCGUUGCUACCGAUGUUGCGGCCAGGUUAGUUCCAUUUUGUUUGAUAGGAUACCUGUAUUUUUGA